AUGGCGGGCGAUGCUCCGGAGCUGCUCAGGAAGGUUCAGUGGCCUGCAGAGUGGCCUUACACGGAGGCAGACUUCGCCCGUCAAGAUGAGUCGUCCGACAACGGGUUCUACUCGCAGCCCCGAAUUUGUACACAUGUUGAUGACAAUUUCAUCGCAACGCUGACGAAGCAUUAUGCGGAAGUCUUUCCUCUAUUUCCAAAUGCACGAAUUCUUGACUCCCAGCUGCACUCGGGCGUGCAUGGACUGCAGCUUCUCAAGCGUCUGCUUGCACAAUCCCAGGUGUCCAUCACUGGCAUGAAUGAGUAUGAGCUGGCUCAGAACAAGCAGGCGGACGACUACACGGUCCGGGACCUGAACGACAAUCCCAAGCUGCCUUACGAUGACUCGAGUUUCGACAUUGUGACCUGCACGGUGUCGUUCGAUUACCUGAACAAGCCCCUAGAGGUGAUGAAGGAGGUCGGCCGAGUCCUGAAGCCGGGUGGAAUGGUCAUCCUCUCCACCAGCAAUCGAUGUUUCCCCACCAAGGCGGACACGCUUGUCGGUUGCUUUACUUCGGGGGCAAGCUGGAAGUAG